UUGUUGUUCAGAAACGCCGAAAACUUGUUUGUCCUGAAUGGCAGGCUGUCUGCUCGCUAGAUCAGAUCGUUCCUGCAUAAAUCUCGUCCAAUCACUCUUCGGUAGAAACGUCAUUUUCAUCGUAUCAUGUCGAAUAAAUGCGUAGUUGUGCUGGCUCCUAAUGGAAGGAGACAAAAUGUUAAAGUCACUCUUAAUACCACCAUAUUACAGGUGAUUGAGGAGGUUUGCAAGAAGCAGGGUUUUAAAGCAGAGGAAUAUGACAUCACACAUCACAAUAAAGUUUUAGAUGCAACAUCCAUUAUACGUUACACUGGACUACCAAACAAUGCUCAGUUAGAGAUGAUUGCAGCCUUGAAGACAAGAGCAGAAUCUCGAGUCAAAGUUGGCCUUGCGUUGGAGAGUGGCAGCCGUGUAAUGGGAGAGUUUGAACCUGCUGACUCUCUUUGGCAUGUUAUUGAAACUCUGUGCCCCAAUGAAGCAGAUGAUAUGUCAUCUGAUAAACUGCCAGUUAUCUUUUACCUUGGUCGAGAGGAGUCUGGUGUGGAAAAUUUGAAAAGUACUACAUUGCGCAGCCUAGGUUUAACAUCUGGAGGAGCGAUUCUUAGGUUUUUUAAGAAAGCUGAGGACGAACUUCGCCACCAAGCAAAUGUUUCAGCACCUCUAUCUAAACCUGUUCUACCUACUCCGGAAUCACUAGUCAAGCCUUCUACAAGUGCCUGUAGCACUAGUAUGAGCAUUGGAGAGCCAACGGUGCCAGAGUCCAAAUUAUUGCAACCACCUUUUCCGAGUGUGGUUGAAGAGUCCAAAGUAUCUGAAUCACAAGACACGAUUCCUCCCAGUGUGGAAAGUCCAAGAAGUACUGGAAACAUAUCUUCUACAAUUUCUUCAUUAGUAGAGUCAUCAAUGUCCCCAACUGAAGAUAUAGAGAUGGAUCUUGAGUACACUUCCGGAACAAAUUCUUCUGUGAAAACUUCAUCUACUCAACAAUCUACACAUCAAGAAGCAGAAAAGGCUGAUUCUAUCAUGGAACCAGAAGAAACAAUAAUAUUUUUGGGCGAGCGCAACGCUGUUCUCUUUGAUGUAGCCACAGCAAGAGCUUGUAGGGCGGAGGAUGUUCCUGAUGAUUUCUUUGAUUUGACAUUGGAUGAUGCAAAACAAUUGAUCCGAGACAUGAAAAAAAGACAAGCAGAUUUACAGGACCAGCCUCUUGUUACCUCGCAGUAUAGGGAACUUGAAAAAUCCAAACACAUGCUCAAUGCACUCCAUCAGUACAAACGCUGUGUGAUCAAGGUUCAAUUUCCCAACCAACUCGUUCUUCAGGGAACAUUCACCCCUUUAGAGAAAGUAUCGCAUGUUAUGGAUUUUGUGAGGGUCUAUCUUCAUGACCCAUCUAUUGACUUCCACAUAUUUACUACUCCACCAAAGACAAUUCUCCAAGCUAAUCAAACUCUGUAUGAUGCAAAUUGUGUACCAGGAGCAUUAGUCCAUCUCUUGACAAAUGCACCUUGCCCUGAGAAUGGAUCCUACAUUCGUGAGGAUAUAAUGGCUCAAGUCUCCACUGCCACUGCAGCUGCGUCAGCAGCUUCUGCUGCCACCCGUAGGGAAAGAUCUAAUCAACCUAAGAGGCCAGAGCCUGCACCAAAGUCUGAAUCUUUCGAUCCUAAUGUUCCCUGCUCGUCAGGCACAGCUCAAGUGUCCAAGGCUAGCAAUAAUGCGGCUAGCGGCAAAAUACCCAAGUGGUUUAAGAAGUGAUAAUGCAAAUGUUCAUGAAUUUGUUUUGUAUUAAAUUGUCUUUAAUGAAA